UCAGAUUUCCCUUUUUUGUUCUCUGGCAUUUUCAUUUCAGCUGCAUACGCCGCUCAGGAUGGUCUCACACUUGGGUUUCUUCGGUUGGUGCCUCCAGAUCACUGUGGUAUCAUGGUGUUGUAGAGAGUGUGUAGCUGACAUUUCCUGUAGAAAUGAAGCUGGUGAACCAGUUGAUUGGUUUAUCAUAUACAAAAUGCCAAGGUACAGAAUUGGUGAGGUUGGCAGCGGGGUGGAGUACAUGUACCUGGAUGCCUCAUCAGGGAGCUGGCAGAUGAGUAAAUUCAUGAUUAACAGCAGUCAGGGAGCCAUGGGGAACACCCUGAAUCAGCUGUACAAGGGAAAAGCUUACAUGUCUAAUAGCUCAGUCUACGCGGUCUACAAUGAUGGACCACCAGUCCUGAAAUACAUGGAAGGAUAUGGACACACUAAAGGGGUUCUGCUAUUUGACCGCUCUCAAGGUUUCUGGUUGUCACACAGCAUUCCCCGUUUCCCCUCCUUCCCUGAGAGGGGCUACCUCUACCCAUCCUCAGGUAAAGUGAACGGCCAGACGGCCCUGUGCGUGACCUACCAAUACGAUCAGCUCCUGCGUAUCGCAAGCCAGCUGGUCUACCUUUUCCCACGCAUCUAUAACUGCUCCGUACCUGCCACGUUCUUGGCAGACCUGCCAGAGCUGGCAAAGUUGUGUGAAGGCUCCAAACUGCCGCUGAGCUCCAACAAGAGGCUACAGCAGCUUUUCUCUCUGGGCGGAGACAAGUUUGUCAGUUUUGCCAAAUCCGAGCUCUAUGUAGAUGAUAUUUACACAGGCUGGGCGGCUCAGGUCCUGGAUGCAGACCUUCUGGUGCAGUCUUGGCAGACAAAAGGUCAUGAGCUGCUGUCCAACUGCUCGCUGCCCAAACACACCAUGAACAUCAAAAGGGUUCGGCUUUCCUCAUCCGUCCUGUUCUGGUCCCUUCAUGACCAUUCAAAGUGGUGCGUGUCGCGACUUGAUGAGGACCAUAUUACCUGCUUGGGCGAUCUGAACAGGGAGAAGGCCCAGCUGUGGCGUGGCGGGGGGCUGAUCUGCUCCUACAACCCUCUGAUUUACAAUGCUUUCAGACAGCUGGUGGAUUGGUACAUUAACUGCAAAUAACAAGAUGAUUGAGUUUGAAUCUGAAUGUAUUUGACUAAAUGAGAAGAUUUACUGUUAGAACAGUCGUCGAUAACCAAAAAACAAUCAAGUUCUGAGCAUCAACAAGUGAACUAAACCCACCGGUUGCUGUUAUAUCUACUUUAUCAUUUGGCCCUCAUGUUAGGUGUUUUACAGUAGGAUGCUGUACAUGUUGUAGCAGCGCAGUAAAAUCAAUAAUUAUUUACUGUAUUGUUGCAUGAAAAUCUUAGAGGGGAAUUAAUUUCAAUAUUGAGACUGUGAUUAUCACAUUUGUUUCACUCACUGGUAGAUGAAUGUUAAGACAUGCCAUCUUGAACUGUUUCUGUGUUGUUUUUGCUGUUAUUUUUUACUUUAAAAGUGGUUUAAAUUAAGGCAUUAGAACUUCAAACUGUCAAAGUUUCUAUGAGUAAUACAGUACAUGAAAGACACAAUUUAUUCAGUUCACUCUAUCCAUUUUUUCAAUCUUUUAUUUUUACACUGAAUAAAAUCCCUUAAUUAUGUUUUUUUUUAGGAACAUCUGAUUGAAAUCUGUCCAGGGUGCACCCCUGCCUUUCAUUUAAAGAUGGGAAUGUUGAAAGAGGGUCAGGUUGGCGGGAUUCUUUCCAGUGACAUCCAACACCCAGACUGUGUCUGCUGAUUAUUUUGGGGUUAUUUUGUUUUAUGGUGGUGGAGAGUUUGGGCACUAUUUACAAGGAUUUUAACUGAAAUAUUACAUGCUUGAGGUAAACAGUGUCACCUAGUGGCAAGAUUGCCACAACAUGACAGAAUUGUCUUGGCUUGUUACAUCAUAUUGCCUUGAGCAUUUACUGAGAACUGAAUAAUAAAUUCUCCGCCACAAAGAACCAAUCGGAUUCAGGUGUUGUAAUGUCAACAUUAAGGAGCUGGGGAGGUUUUUGACUUAUUCUGUGUUGCAUGAAGACAAGUAAUUCAUGAAAAGUUCCCAGUGACACAAGCUCACGUCAAGUGGAAUCCGGUUGUGAAACAACCAUCCAUUUCAUUUCACGUCUUCAUCCAAGACUGAACUUUACCUCCACAAUUUCAACAUGACUCUUUAAUCCUGACCUCUGACCUCUAACCUUGUCUCCCUUUUUUUUCCGGUGUUGUUUCCACCGUGUCUCGUC